AUGAGUCGGUUAUCUUUUGUAAAUAUUCCUUUCCGAAAUCGUGAUGCUUUUAUUCAUCUGUCUAUUUCUGUUACGGUGAGAAUCCUGAAGUUCACUUUUAACUACAUUAUUCUCUUGCUGCCAAGGCAACAAGAGAAUCAAACUUUCAAUUCAGAGGUUGGUCUUCAAGCAUUCUUUGGCAGCAGUCAUCUAUCAUGUCUGAAGAGAGAGGAUUUCGCAGAGAGUCGACUUGGCCCACCAGAAAGGCUUGUCAAUGGCAUUUCUGGUUUUUGCACAGGUCUGAGUCACGGAAACAAGCUCCCCGAAAAUAAGGGUAAGGUAUCUUACAUCUUUCCGUCACCUGUACCCCAUCCGUCGCACUUUUUCGAGAGUGAGGACGGAGUUGAUAGUGGUGUGAUCAGACCGGAGGAAUCUUGUCGAUGCUUUUCGUUGGAUGAGAUACUCAUAUCCACUAACAACUUCGACGAGGCGUUAGUCAUUGGGAAGGGAGGAUUUGGUAAGGUAUACAAAGGGUUCAUUGACGAUGGUGCUAUGAUUGUUGCCAUAAAGCGGUUGAAUGCCGAGUCCAAGCAAGGUGCGGGAGAGUUUUGGACAGAGGUCAAGAUGCUUUCGAAACUCCAGCAUACUAAUCUCGUUGGGUUGAUUGGCCUCUGCAAUGAGCGUCAGGAGAUGAUCCUUGUUUACGAAUAUAUAUCUCAAGGGACCCUAGCUAGUCAUCUCUAUAGAAUUGGUAGACCAGCGAGUGGUAAAAGGAUUUCUCCUCUCACUUGGGAGCAAAGGCUCGACAUAUGUAUUGAUGCCGCACGCGGAUUAAACUACCUUCAUAGCGGUACCGAUCGAACUUUCAUACACCGGGAUGUGAAAACCACAAAUAUUUUGCUAGACGAAAAUUGGAUAGCCAAGAUUUCGGAUUUUGGGUUGUCCAAGGGCACUAAAAGUCAUUUAACAACCCAUAUAAGCACAAAAGUGAAAGGCACAUUCGGGUAUUUUGAUCCAGAUUAUUUCAUAACCCAGAGACUAACCCCAAAAUCUGACGUGUAUGCCUUUGGCGUAGUGUUAUUGGAAGUGCUGUGCGGGAGGCCAGCUUUGGAUACAAGUCUGGAGGAAGAACAAAUCAGCUUAGUCGAUUGGGUUCAACACUGCAUCGAGAAGAAAAAGCUCGACGAACUCAUUGAUCCCUCUCUCGAUGAGCAAAUAUCUCCGUGUUGUUUGAAGUCUUUCGUUGGGCUCGUUGUAAAUUGUUUGGAAAAGAGACCAAGAUCAAGGCCUUCGAUGGCUGAAGUGUUGCGCAGCCUUCAGCACGCUUUAGCAUCCCAACAAAAAGGAAGAUCAUACCGUAUAGGUUAUAAGGUUGCAAGGGUUUUAAGUGUUACCGUCAAACCACUUUUCCACCAUCUUUCCUAA